AUGGACUGCUUCGAUGACACUGGAAUUAUGGCAUUGAUAUGCCAUCAUGACAUCCCUCUCUUCUUUGCAAAUAUCGACAUGCCUGGUGAGCAACAGAAGUAUAGUGUCACCCUUCUCAAACACCUCUUCUCCCACUUGCCAGUCACUGCAACUGUUGUUGCAUUGUAUGAUAUUGGUUGCAUUCUCACAUGUUCUUUAGACAAGGCUGACUUAGAGGUUGCUGACCAAGCACUUCAAGCUGCAUGCACAAUAAUUGAGAAGGAUGUGACAGAGGAUACCCUCGAGGCUCUGGAGAGUUUGGAGUGCAGCCAUGAUCAUCUUUUAAACAAGGUGGACCUACUAUAUGCAUCCCUCAACAUCCAUGACAAGUUUCCUGAGCUCAACAGUGUCAACAUUGAGUUCAUUUGGAUGCUUCUUUUGGCUUGUGAUUUGAAGAUCAAUGUCUGGAAACAGGCAAUUGGGAGCUUUUUUGAGUGGGACAAACUCGAUCACACAGUAGGGGGAAAGCAGAAAGCCUUGGGUAUGAAGCUCCACCAGCAAACUCACAAAGCAAUUGCAAAGCAUCAGCCCACACUCAUGUCGGCCAUCCAAAAAUUCAACAUGUAUUGUGAAUGUCUUGCAAAACUAUAUGAUGCAUCAUCUGGCAUCCCCCUUCCUUUGCCACUCCCAACAAAAUUAGCUGAACUAUGUAACGACCAAUCCCUCUUCAAAGACGUUUGGAUCACUCCCUCUAUUGGAGAAAUCCUGCGGUGGUUGCAAGACUCUGACAUGAGAGAGGACAUUAGAGCAGUCCUGAAGACUGACUGCUGUCUCGAAGAACAACACUGCCUUGGCAUGGAGGCUGACAACAUGUGCCAAUGGUUUGGCAGCAAGCUGUGUGCUGUCAAGCUUGCAAUUCAGCAGCCAGAAAGAGAACACACUUUGGACUCUGAUCAGACUGUGUUCACAGACAUUCUUGAAGAUGUACCAUCCAAUGCUGAUGAAGGUGGUUUGUCCAACAAUGAUGAGGAUCAGAAAAAGAUUCAUAACAUGAAUCUUGUUUGGGAAAUUCCCUUCAUAAGUUCCAUUCAAGCACACAAGUCCUGA